AUGUUUCAUCUAUGGUUAUUUACCAUCAAAUUCAUAUACCUUUUCUAUUUUGCUGUAGGCCAAACCAACACCAAUUCACAAGAACUACUUGAUUAUAGAUAUGAUUGUUUGGACCAAUCUUCUACUCCUCCCUCUACAACAUAUCAAACCAACCUCAACAGUUUAAUCUCUUCAUUGUCAUCAGAUUCUGCAACAAGUAAUGGUUUUGGAAAUAAGACUUCAGGUAGUGAUCAAAACAAUAUAGUUUACGGGCAAUACCUGUGUCGCGGCGAUGUUAAUACAAGUCUUUGCCAUUCAUGUGUCCAAAACUCUAGCAGAUUGCUGAAACAACACUGUCCUAAUAAUGCUUCAGCAAUUUUGUGGUACCUUUUUGUCUUUUAA